AUGCGGUCGUUCUUGCUCGCCGCGGUGCUGCUGCUCACCGCAGCCUUGGCCGAUUCAACCACCUCCGCUGAUUCAACGGCGUCAGUCAUCACUCUGACCGGCAGCCAGACCACUCUUGACCAGGACACAAGAUCUUUCACCUAUCCCUCGGUUACAACGACCAUUACUUUGACCUCCUCGACAGCCUCGGCUUCAAAUGGCACCGGUCUUUCCACUUCCACGUCCGACUCGGUCACUGUGCUUGUGGGGGGCCAUGGAACAACGUCUCUGCCCCCCAAUGCUACUGCUACUACCGCAAGUAACAGCACGUCAACGACCUCGUCUACCCCGUUACCGAGCAACACGCAGCCUUGCAAUGGCUAUGUCGAGUUCUGCGACCGCAGUUACUCAAACAUCACCUAUGUUACCGCUCACAACAGUCCCUUUGAUGUAAAGGGAAAUCUGGCUUCGAACCAGCUUUAUCCGGUGACAACUCAAUUGAACGAUGGGAUUCGCAUGUUGCAAUUCCAGGUACAUUAUCAGAAUGGAACCAUGUAUCUGUGCCAUACCGACUGCUCGUUAAUAAACGUCGGUACACUCCAAAGCUAUCUCACAACCGUCGCCAAGUGGCUGGACGAGAAUCCCUACGAAGUCAUUACAAUCCUAAUGGGCAAUUAUGACUUUGUCAACGUGAACAAUUUCACAGCCCCGAUCGUCAACUCCGGACUGUCCAAGUAUGCGUAUGAGCCCCCGAAGAUUCCCAUGGGCCUGGACGACUGGCCUAUUCUAUCGGAUAUGAUUCUGAUGGGGAACCGAGCUGUCAUCUUCAUGGACUACAACGCCAAUCAGACCGAGGUCCCAUACAUCUUGGACGAAUUCACCCAGAUGUGGGAGACGCCUUACUCUCCGACGGACCCAGACUUCCCUUGCACAGAGCAAAGACCACCAGGCAUAUCCGAUGAAGAGAUCUCAACCAUCAUGUAUAUGGCCAAUCACAAUUUAAACGUGGAUGUUUCCAUUGAGGGUUUCAGCAUCCUCAUACCGAAUACAGCAGUCAUAAACUCCACCAACGCUGUCUCAGGAUAUCGUAGUCUUGGACUAACAGCAGAAAACUGCACAGCUACCUGGGGCCGACCUCCGAACUUUCUUCUGGUUGACUACUAUAAUUACGGCAAUUUCCCGGGAUCCGUGUUCGAGGUAGCUGCAACGAUAAACAAUGUCACUUACAACGGCCAUUGCUGUGGCUCGAAUACUUCCGGGGCUUUGAGUCUACAGUCACAGUUUCUUGACAAGGCAUGCUGGAUGUUUAUCCUAGCCACUGCCAGCAUCGUUUUCAACCUUGUAUAA